AUGGUCUCGAUUAAGGCCCCUCAGCUCGGCCCAUCUCCGCAAAUGGACAAGGGAUACAGAAGAAGAUCCCUGAUAAGGCUUUUUCUCCUUUCGGUUAUCAUGGAGCAGCAUGCUCUCAGUAACAUUGAAACCACCAUUUUGGAGACGCAAAACGAAGCUAUAAAGUAUGCUUUGCUAAAUUAUGGUUUGGAAGCAAAUAAAUUAAGGCUGUGGAAGGUCAGAGUUAAAAUAGUCCAGAGUGAAAUAGGUUUUCUUCAAAUGUCUGCCUCGAGAGGAAAAGAAGACGCUAGGAGAAGACUGAAUGAAAAGAGACUUGGAGGAGGGUGCGACGGCCGGCUGUUGAACCCGCCGCUACGGUCACCGCCGCCCAAACCCAAUCCUCUGCCGUGGAUCCUCUCUUAUUGUCAGCUUUCGUAA